CACAGAUUUGCGAAACCUUCAAACAGAAAUGGCUAAUGUAAAGAGUGUCAAUUUGGAUUCCGUGUUGUUCAAAGUCAAGACCUCUAAACUGGAUGCAAUAUCUGCUGACGUGAAGACAACUGCAAACAAAGUGACUAUCCUUGAAUGGAAUCUUCACAGGGCUAACAAUGACGUUCUGAUAUGAAUUCAGAUCUUUGGAAAUUAGCUUCAAAUGUGACUGAAUUUCAAUUCAAUGUGUCUUCAGAAUUGAGUAGGCUCAAGACAUCUCUCCUUGGAGAUGGAAACCGCGAAGCAUUACAACAGGACAUCUACCUGAAGCUCAACUCCACUUCGGAUGUCCUGGGAAACAUGGAACUUGCAGUUGCGUCCUUGGAGACUGGGCUGGUGUCUUCAAGAUAUGGUAUAAAUGACCUUAAUCAAACACUGCAGUCCCUCAUGCACAACGUAACAAACAUGACAGGAUCUGGUGCAAGACACGUUGCCUUUGAAGUACGGCUACAGAAGGAAAUCCAUUCUGUGCAAAUGGGUGGAAAGCUCAUUUUUGAUACGUUACUGUACAACAAUGGCGGCGGAUUUGAAGCUUCAUCUGGUAUAUUCACAGCACCUGUGUCUGGAUCGUAUAUUUUCUGGGCUCAAGUAAUGCUAGAUCAAGUGGAAUCAUAUCUGGAGAUAUACCUAGUCCAGAAUGGCCACAUCAAAGGCAAAGGGUAUGCAGAGACCUCAAAGGAGACAGUAUACGGCGUUGUUUCCAUAACAACAGUCAUGUAUCUCUCUGCUGGGGAUGAAGUAUGGUUUGAAAAGUGGAAAGGAUCACAGAACAUUUAUGGAAGCCUUUAUUCCGGAUUUGGAGCUGCCCUCAUUUCGUCUUGAAUAUUCAGUUAUAGACACAAAAUCCAAAUAGCUGCCCAACUUACUGUAGCGGUUUAUGGCUUGAGGUAAUUCUGUGUUAAUAAAAUGAAUCGACACAUCA